AGGAGGGGAGGGCGAGAGGGCUAGGUGGAGGGAGUGUAAAUAGAGAGAGGGCGGCACUGCCUUGGCUCCGCCAUCUCUGUACAGCUCGCGAAGAGUCCCAGAGGGAGAUGGAAGAAGAUGAGCAAGAGCAGCGGCGCAGGAAGGUUGAGGCCGGGAGAGCGAAGCUUGCUCACUUCCGACAGAGAAAAACAAAAGGUGACUGUGCGCAUUCGAAGAAAAAGACGGCGAAGAGGAAGGGCCUGGCUGUCCAUGCGUCUGUCCAGGAGGAGAGUCCGAGUCCGGUAGUCACCCAGGAGGGAGGGCUCCUAGAAGGAGGCGACAUUUGUAGAGGCACAGCAUGCAGCAGCAGCAGCCCAGACUGGCCCGGAGGGGCAUUUGCAACUCAGGAACAAGAUCAAGACUGUGAGCCAGGGAAUACACCUGAGGACAAGGCUGGCUGGCAGCAGCAGCCCCAGGCAACUCACAGCCUUGAGUUAGAAGCCCUGCGCUUGAGCCUCAGCAACAUGCACACUGUACAGCUGGAGCUGACACAAGCCAAUCUGCAGAAGGAGAAGGAGACAGCACUGACUGAGCUUCGAGAGAUGCUUAAUGGCCGACGUGCACAGGAGCUGGCUCUUCUGCAGAGUAGGCAGCAGUGUGAGCUGGAGUUGGUCCAGGAGCAGCAUACCCGUGAGAAGGAAGCCAUGGCACACUGCUAUGGGCAGGAGAUUGCUGAGUUGAAGGAGAAGUUACGAUCAGAAGUGGAGAAAAAUGCUCAGAUGAUAGAGACCCUAAAGCAAGACUGGGAAUCUGAAAGAGAGUUAUGCUUAGAAAAUCUCCGCAAAGAACUAUCUGCAAGACACCAGUCAGAAAUGGAGAAUUUGCAAAACCAGUUUCAAAAAGAAUUGGCAGAACAGAGAGCUGAGCUGGAAAAGGUUUUUCAAGGCAAAACUCAGGCCGAAGUGUCCCUGAAGAGCCUGGAGGCUGAACACCAGGCAGCUGUUAGGAAGGUGCGUGAGGAUCUACAAUUGGAGCACUGCCAGUAUUUAGAAAACCUGGAGUUGAAGUUCAGAGAAAAGGAAAAAGAAAAGCAGCUGGAGUUAGAGAAUCUUCAAGCAUCCUAUGAAGAUCUUAAGGCUCAGUCACAAGAAGAAAUAAAGCAUCUGUGGUCCCAGCUUGAGUUUGCGAGAACCAAAAGAGACGAACUUCAUGAGCCUCCCCUGGCUGGAGUGCUGCACCUGGAGGAGCUGGAACAACUUUGGCAGGAGUUUGCACAGCAACAACAGCGAGACAGAGCCCAACAUGAGUCUGUACCGGAGCAGUUGAGGGUCUAUUUUGAGAAUAAGUUGAGGGAUGCUGAGAAACAAGAGGACCUGAGCCUGUUUCAGCAGCGACUGCAGGAGGCCAAGGAAGAUACUGACCUGGGAUCUGUGGUGAUGAGUUCUUCCUGUACAUUUUUAGAAGACACAUCUGACAGGGAAGGGAAAGAACGCCCUGAUCAACUUGACUUUCAGCUCAAGCAAAAAGAGUUAAAAUUUAGUUUAGUGGAAGACCACCAAGAAGAAGUAAACAAAGCUGAGGAGAAGAUUCAACUAUUGAAACAGGAGUUCAAGAAAAAAGAAGCAGAGUGGGAGAGUUCACAUGAAGAUCUAAAGAGAGAAGAUGAAGAGAAGGUAACCUCCAUGCUCCUUGAGCUGCAAGAAAAGGCUGAACUGGAGAAGCAGUCCAUAAUAAGCAGGUUUGAGCUUCGGGAAGCAGAAAUGAAGAACCUUCAGGACCAGCAGGCAGCCCAGAUCCUGGACCUGGAGAAGUCCCUCAUGGAGCAGCAGCGCUGCCUACGGCAGCUGGAACAAGGGCUUUCUGGGGAUGAUGCUCCACUGUGUAGCCGUUGUGGCCAGGAUACCUCUUCGGCCCAGCCUGGGGAGCAUAUCACAUGCCUCCAAAAGGAGGACUGUUCCCUCCAGCUGAUGCUGGCCCAGAAUAGGUUUUUGGAAGAGCGCAAGAAGAUCGUGGAGAAGUUUGCCACAGAGCAAGAUGCUUUCCUGCGGGAUACCCAGGAGAAGCAUACACGUGAGCUCCAGCUCCUGCAGCAGAGGCACCAACAGCGGCUUCUGUCCUUGAGGACAGAGCUCGAGAGUAAGCAUCAGACUGAGCUUGCUGAACUGAUGGCUACCCUGGAGAGUGAAUGGCAGGUGCUCCUGGAGACUCGUGUGGCUGAACUGCAGGUAAAACAUGCUGCUGAGAUCAGUGCUUUGGAGAAGAGACAUUUGUCCAACCUAGAUGCUCUAGAAUCCUGCUACCUGUCUGAAAUGCAGAUUGUUCGGGAUGAGCAUAGGCAGGCUCUGGAACUUUUGCAAGCAGACCUUGAGGAACAGCUGAGGUUAAGGGAUUCUUCUCACCAAGUGACUUUGACCCAGGAGUUGGAGAAACUAAAGCAGAAACAUAAUGUGGAGCUUCAGUCUACAAAGGACAGUCUGAGAACUGAGAUGAGCACCAUUCAUGCAGAACAACUGAAAGUGCUGGACAGGGAGCUACAGGGUGCGCACCAGGACAAAUUUGAAAGUGAGCAAAAAGCUGUUGUGGGUGGACAGGAGGUAUGGAGCCUUGAGUGUGAGCCGGUCCGGCAACUUUCCCAGGAGCAGGAUCCAUUGCAGCUGCAGGCGGAGAGCCAGACUCAGCAGCUGAAAGACCAAGUCUUAUCCUUAAGGCAGGAGGUAGAAGAGUGCCGUGCUGAGCUUGAGAGGCUGCAGCAGAGGCGUGAGAGGGAAAAUCAAGAGGGUGCUACCCUCAUCUCCAUGCUCAGGGCAGAUGUGGAUCUGUCUCAGGGUGAAAGGAGAGCACUUCAUGAUGCCCUAAGGAGAUUGCUAGGCUUGUUUGGAGAGACACUCAAGGCGGCUAUUGCCCUGAAGAGCCGAAUCGGUGAGCGUGUGGGGCUCCUCCUGGACCAUGCGGACACCACAGCUGUAGACCAGGCCCCAUCCACAGCACUAGAAGAGGUAUGGUCAGAUGAUGCAGCUCUGCUGGAGUUGGACAGAAUUUUACCUGAAGGUGCAGAGAUGUCUUCAGUGGAGGACAUCAGCAGUCAUGUAUGUGAGAGCUUUUUCAUGAGCCCUGAGAGUACACUAGAAUGUGAGCAGCCGAUCAAGAGAGUCUACCAGAGCCUUAGCGUGGCUGUGGAUGGCCUCCUAGAGAUGGCGCUGGACUCUUCCCGACAGCUAGAGGAAGCACGCCAGCUUCAUUCUCGUUUUGAAAAAGAAUUUAGUCAUAAAAAUGAGGAGACAGCACAAGUUGUCCAGAAACACCAGGAGCUGCUGGAAUGCUUACGGGCAGAGGGCACUGCAAAAGCCACGCUGGCCCUGGAACUGCACACAGCGGAGGGCCUCCUUGAAGGACUCAAGGUGGAGAAGGCGGGUCUGCAGGAUGCAUUGGCCCGGAAGGAGGCAUCAGAGCAGCAGUUGGUCCUGGAGUUGGAGAGUCUGGGAAGGCAGCUGCAGCAGGCAGCUGAGGAGCAGGCUGUGUUGAGAGAGGAGCACUCCCUGCUGCGGAGCCAGAAGGAGGCUCAGGCUGUGGAGGCGGAAGCAAGAGUAGCCGGCACUUGUGUCACUGCAGCACAUAGGGACUCAGCACUGCAGAAGGAAGUGGAGACUCUGACCACGGAGCACUCAGAAUCCAGGAGGCAGGCAGAGAAGGACUGCGCAGCUCUGCUCUCACAGAUGCGAGUCUUAGAGUCUGAAUUGGAGGAGCAGCUCCUACAGCACCAGGGCUGUGCCCAGCAGAUCGAGGAGGCCACCAUUCUGAAGCAGCAGCUGGCAGCCCUGGACAAGCAUCUGCGCAGCCAGCGGCAGUUCAUGGACGAGCAGGCUGCUGAGCGAGAGCAUGAGCGUGAAGAAUUCCAGCAAGAAAUACAGAAGCUGGAGGGGCAGCUCCGCCAAGCAGCCAAGCUGCGGCCUCCAAGCCCCCAUGACAGCCAGCAGUGCCUACAGCUGGAUGAGGAGGUUGAAUUGUUACAAGAAAAAUUGAGAGAAAAAUCAGAUGAAUGUAAUGAAUUGGCUGUAAAGAAAGAAUUGGCAGAUAGACAAGUAUUAAUCCAGGAAGAAGAAAUUAAACAUCUUGAAGCGAUAAAUGCCCACACCAGAGGACAAGUGGCCUUGCUCCAGGAAGAACUGGAAAAACAGAAAAACAUUGUGAAAGAAUUACAAGUUAAAGAGGCAUUAACAGAACCACAGACGAGUGACUUGCUGCAUGUGCCCACAUCGCAUUCCGGGCCCAAUGGAAGUAGAUGUCCAGUGCUUCUGCUGGGCAGCCCUCCUGAGGCCCAGCCAGAGAUCAUACAGAUGGCACGCCUGCAGGAUGGGAAUGAGGUUGAAUACCACAGAAGUUCUGAGGUUGAAGAGCUGAAAUCCAUUAUUGAAAAUUUGCAAGAGAAUCAAGAACGAUUACAAAAGGACAAAGCAGAAGAAAUUGAACAGCUCCAUGAGAUCAUUGAGAAGCUGCAGGGUGAACUGGUGCUCUUGGGGCCCGUGGUACAUGAACUCAGUGACCAUCAAGCUGACAGUCUGCACAGUGAGCUGCUGUGCUUCCAGGCUGACGGCCCUUGUGGACAGACACUGCAGGGACAGGCACUGCAGGGAGAGCUAGAAGCUGCACUCUCAGCCAAAGAGACCCUGGUGCAGCUGCUGGCUGACCAGUCACAAGGUCACAGCAAGGCUCUGGAGGCCCUGCAGCAGCGCCUGCAAGCUGCAGAAGAGGCUGCUGCACGACAACUGGCUGAGCUUGGACACAGUGUGGCCCUCAGGGAGGCUGAGGUUGAGGACAUGACUGCCCGGAUCCAGGAGUUUGAAGCUAUCCUCAAGGCAAAGGAAGCUAUAAUUAUGCAGAGAGAUUUAGAAAUUGAUGCUAUGAACAAGCAGAAAGAGGCCCACUUUGUUGAGCUAGAGGCCAUCCUCUUAGCCUUGGCACGCUUCCGGCAUACCCUAGAACAGCAGCCCCCAGAGCCUCCUGAGCUGCAGCGGCUGCGAGCACAAUGUAUCCACCUUGCUCGCCAGCUGCAAGUGCUGAACCAGUGGUUCCUGAGGUGCCAGGUGGAGCUGGACAAGCAACAGGCCCGUGGGGUACUUAAGACCCACCCACACCCUCAUGUGGACACAGAGAGUGGUGACCUAUUGGAGCAAGGAGGUGGCAGCAGGUGGCUGGCCUCCACCCCUCAUGGGUGGGGCCUACAGGAUGAUCUGCAGCCUGCCAAAGUCCUGGGUACACUAAAGGAUGCUGACCUCCAUAAACCAGAAAAUGUGGUAUCAGUGCUUACAUUUUGCCAGAGGCAGCUGGAGGCAGAACUGCUCUUGGUGAAAAAUGAAAUACGUUUGAGCAUGGAAGAUGAUACCAGAGCUCCUAGGAGAAUGAAGGGUCAGGGAAAAUGGAUAGAAGAUUGUUGGCUGCGAAAAGUUGAUCUCAUAGCUCAGGUGCAACAACUUCAAGAAAAACUGAACUGUCUGUCACAUUCUAUGGCCUUCCAGGACGCUGACCUUGUGGGGUCCAGAUUCCAGCCCUCGACAUUGACAUACCUGUCAGAAAAUAGCUCUAGUAGUAGUUCCUGUGGCAAGGCAGCAGCAGAUCUACUACUUCCUGUUGAUACACUUAAUAAUGAUAAAACUACAUGGGAUCUAACUGAUGUAAUUAAAAAUCAAGAUUCCUCGAUCAUAGAUGAAAUGCCAAAUUCUCCCACUCAAGAAAAAAUAAAACCCAAGGAUGUGAGCCUUUCUUUACAAACCAGCGUACAUAGUGACUCCCUCCGUGUUGAGGAGGCAAAACCCCCGAAGGAUCCAGAAACAGUACAGGACCUAUCUUCUUGGAGCUCCCCUGAGGUCUUGCGAAAGGAUUCCAGCCUUGAGCCCUGCACCAGGAUCCCCCUAACACCCUGCUCAGGUGCCAUGAGCCUGUGUAGUGCUGAGGGCUCCCCCCAGCACACCAUAUCCUGGCUGCUGCAGAGCAGCUUGGGCAGGUCUAUAGGUGAACAGACCCCUUUGUGGACAGCAACUCCGUCAUCUGAUCACCAGCCUGUGGAGAGGAUGGCUGCGGAGAAGGAUGUCGAAGAUUUUACAACUUCUUUUGAGUCUCGAGACAUGUUAAGAUCUCCUCCUCCUGGAUUAGAAGAAAAAAAUGAUGAGAGUGCAAAAAGUGAUGGCCCAUGCUGUGGAGCGAUGCUAAACCUCAGGUCUGGACAGCCUGCAGCUCCCACUGCUGGUCCUGUGACUGCUGCUCCUGUCUCCAGAGGGUUUCUGCAGCCACCAGGACAGAUGCAGGAGAAGGAGGUCCACACAAAGCAUGUGAAGGCUUUGCUGCAGAUGGUGUGUGAUGAAAGCCACCAGAUACUGGCCUUGUCAGAGAGCCGAGACCUCCCCAGCACCCUAAGCAAGGGGGAGCCAUAUGCUCACUUGGCCUAUUUUCUAGGCAAGGGGCAAGGCUUAUUGGAGGUGACUCCUAAGAAAGGAGAGAAGAAGCCCCUGGAUUUGAACCUCGACUGGAAGGAGGAGUUUCCACAGGCCACACAGGGGAUAUUUGAGAGGGAGCAGAAGAUGGUGCAAGCAGAGCUGCAGCCUGGACCCUGUGGCUCAGACCCAGGGGAUCACAGCUCCCCAUGUAAGAAGUUGGAGAAGGUUGUCCAAGAGCAGGAGAAGACCUGUGAACAUCUUUGCCUGCCCGACAGGAGCACCCUGCUGUCAGAGAUUCAGGCCCUGCGUGCCCAGCUGCGCAUGACACACCUGCAGAACCAGGAGAAGCUGCAGCAGUUGUGUGAAGCACUCACAAGUACAGAGGCCCGCAGCAGUCGACGGGAACAUCAGUUGCGCAGGCAGGUUGAAUUAUUGGCAUAUAAAGUUGAGCAGGAAAAGUGUAUAGCAAGUGAUUUACAGAAAACCCUGAGUGAAGAGCAGGAGAGAGCGAGGGGCGUGCGGCAGCUCUUGGCAGCAGAGCAGAGCACAGUACAGGACCUGCAGUCAGAGCUGCGUGAGUGCCAACAUGAGAACACAAGGCUGCUGGAGUCACUUGGCGAGGCACAACGUGAGGUUCUCCAGCUGAGGUCCCUGCUGGAUGGAAAGGAAAGUGAUCUAAAGGCUGCCCUGGAGGAGCUGGAGCAUGAGCGGGGAAAGGAACGUAUCCUCCAGGCCCAGCAGGAGGAAGAGCAGCUGCGGCACCUACAGAAGGAGGGCCAGAGCUCCAAGGCCCUGGAGGAAUUAAAAGUAUCUUUGGAGAAGCAGUUUGCUCAAAACAGCCAACUGAAUGUUGCAUUGAACCAUGAGCGGACAGUGAGGGACAAUCUGCAGCAAGAGCUGCAGAUUGAGCAGUCACGUUGUGAGGCAUUGCUGGCGCAGGAGCGGGGCCAGCUUGCUGAGCUCCAGAGGAGCCUGGAGGCUGAGAAGAAGCGAGCACUGGAGCUCUCAGAGGCUUUACAGCACGAGCGGCUGGUGACAGAGCAGCUGAGCCGUGGUGCUCAGCAGCCACAGCCGCACCAUGUCAUGCUGCGGAAGCUGAAAGCGGAAAAGGCCCGAGUGCUGGAACUGCAGGCCACACUCCAGGUGGCACAGCAGCAGGCCCUGCAAGCCCAGCAGCAACUGGAGGCCCAGGUUCAGGAGCGCUGUGCAGCGCUUGGGAAGGAAAAGGAGCGAGAAUUAGAAUUACAGCGCCAGCGUGAUGAACAUAAGAUUGAACAGCUUCAGCAGACUGUGCAAGAACUGCAGUCAAAAGUGGAAAUGCCUGGCAGUGGCCCCCGCCUGGACUCCCUGGAGCUGGGCAGUGUCUGGGAACAGCAGCAAGGACUAGAGAAGAUACGGCAGAAGCUGCUGUGUGUCGCUGGGCUCCUGACCAGUUUGGUCAGCCACACCAUGGACAGGACACUUAAUGAUGGGACACUAUCUGGUGAGAAGGCUGUGUCAUCUUUAGUACAGACAUUACAGGGGCUGAAGUCUGAACUGAGCAUGUCUACCUCCCACCAGAAAAAAAUAGCAGCAGAGCUACAAGUGCAGCUGGUGGAUGUAUUGUUGAGAGACAAUGAUUCUCUCACGGAAGCCAUCAGCACUGUGACCAAGGAGAAGGCAGAGCUGUGCAGAGCUGUGUCCAGGCUUGAGAAGACCCUGAGGCACCAUGUGCAGAAGGGCUGCAUCCUGAGUAGGUCGGGCAGAUCUGCAUGGAGGCAAGAUGGAACCGUUUCACAGAGUUUGCCUCGAAACUCAGACUCUGGACAGUCCACACUGACUGCAAGGGAGAAAGAAAACACCUACAGCAUCAAAAUGGAAAAACUGUAUCUUCAUUAUUUGAGAGCAGAGAGUUUUAGAAAAGCUCUGAUUUAUCAGAAGAAGUACCUGUUACUGUUGAUUGGUGGAUUCCAAGAUUCUGAACAAGAAACGCUCUCCAUGAUUGCUCAUUUGGGGGUAUUUCCUUCUAAAGCAGAUAAGAAAAUCUCCACAUCUCGUCCUUUCACAAGAUUCCGCACUGCUGUCAGGGUGGUCAUCGCAGUAUUAAGGUUACGUUUUUUGGUUAAGAAGUGGCAAGAAGUAGAUCAGAGAGGAACCCCACUGCUGCAAGGCAAAGCCCCCCACCCAGGACCCCGAGUACCAUGGAAGCAGCCAUCUCCACUUGGUGCCAGAGAAUCCCCACCAACCCGGGACGGACCUUCCCACCACACAAGGGACUCUACCCACCACCUUCCCAGUGAGAGAGAGAGAUGCACUCCAUCCUCAAGUUCAAGAUUAGAGAGAUCCCUGACUGCUUCUCAGGAUCCAGAACGCUCCUUGACAGAAUAUAUUCACCAUUUAGAAAUGAUCCAGCAGAGACUAGGGGGAGCACCCCCAGAUUCUAAUUCCAAGAAAUCCUGUCGACAGAAGAUUAAACAAUGAAUAAAGUCCUGUGGCGCUUAAGCUGUGACAAUUCUGUUUGAGGAAAAGCUGGUUUUUCCAAGGAAAGUGCAGGGUGUGGCAUAGGGUGUUCUUCACGUGCCCAUGAUGCCUCUCCCAAGUGCCACCAAGUGUUCUUGCCUCUACAAAGUGUGCAAAGCUAAACCAGAGCAGUUGUCUGAGACUUCAAUACCUGACUCCUGCUUGACUGUUCUGUGCCGGACCAUGGAGCCUCUGCCUCCUCCAGGGAGCAAGAUGGAAUGGCUUUCAGUUGUCUGUUUCAGUAUCAGAAAAAUGAAGUUUUAAAACGCACAUGCAGGAAGGAAGGAAUAAAAUAUAAGUACUGUUCCGUUGUGAAUACCCUUGUGUUGGUUUUAGCUCAUCCAGUUUAUUCAUCUCAUAGGUUAAAAAAAAGUAAAAUAAAACAGAAUUUAUGUCAUACCUCCUUUAAGCCAGCA